AUGGACGGAACCGGGCCUCCAAUCACAAGAGAACACGAUGACGUUGCUAGGAGCCCGUUGAGUUCUAUGAGACACAAGAGGCCUCUAUCUUCCUUACUUCCCAACUCCGGCGCACCGAGCUCUAGUGCAAGUCCCAACAAGGCGCAUCACCCUUCUGUCCAGGGGACUGGGGGAGAUACAAGUGUGGUUAACAUCACACCCACAUCCCUUCAAGGAGGGUUAGCAGAAGCACCAAAUACAACGGCAGCAGCAACAAACACAGCAAGCCCGUCGACAACAACUCCUUGGGAUUUAUCUCUUCGCGAAGGUCUGGACUUUUGUAGAGAUGGAGACGCUCUUCUCCGACAGAUUUAUCAGCGCAUAGAGGCGACAUGUCAGCAGCUGGUUGAUGCUGCUCUUCUCCCCAGCAGCAGCAGCAGUGCGAGCAGUGGCGACAAAGGUGAUGAGACGACGCCUGCUUCCGGUUCCUCUGGGGUAGGCAAAGGGGAAGCCAAGCUAAUGGAGCAUCAAAAUUUACUUAAGGAGGAAAUAGAUGAUUGUCUAGCUCAAAUUCAGGAGCUGCGUCGCUUGCUCCUAUCUACCUUGUCGCUCAUCAAGUCUAAUCCUAUUUUUAAGGACACUGCAAAAGAGGCAGACGGGGGCCCGCGCGGGGAGGCAGUGAUGAAAGCGAUGAAGCUCUUUAGGCUUGACUCUACAGCAGGCGAAAUACUCCCAUACUUGAAACACUUACAAAACUCCCUCAAGGAGUUGCAGCAGCAAGAGGAACAGACGGCUGAAAAAACAGAAGAAGUGAAGCAAAGAAUCAACUUAAAGCUAAAGGAAGUUGAAUCCGUUAAGUUUUGUUUGGAAAAGACUAAAGAUGAAUUCCGCCAGGCUCGACUUGAUUUGACAAGAGAAGAAUUGGAGAAGAUACCAGCAAAGGAGAGACUGCAACUCCUUGAAACCAAGCGAGAGAAUCUUGACAGGGAAUUGAGAAGCCUCGCUGCAUUCUCUCCCCUCUUUAUUGUUGAAAGAGCGGCUAAGUAUAUCACCCUUCAGUACAGGCCUGAUGGCUCGUCUAUCGACUAUGAAAUAUCUAUAGAAGGCCUCGACUUGUCUUUUGCACAAGGGAGUAGUCGUUUAUCGCGCUUCUUUUCUGUUCAUAUCCAGCCGCCAAACGACCGCGUUCGUCGGCUGCUCGAGAGCGGAAUAGGCGAACUUCUGCAGAAGCUGUCGAGUCAACAGCAUCCUAACCAAGGGCGAGAACAUGCUAAAGGAAGACAGACAGGUGAUGGGGGUGUUGAAGCUGCGGGCGAUAAAGUGGUUGAGUAUAUCGCAGCAAUCCUCAUAAAGACUCUGAGCGCAUCGUUUACAACGCCCAGCACCGCGCCGCGUUAUUUACCGCUUGUCCGUGCCAGCCCCUCACUGGCAGCAAUUCAAACCAACUAG